AUGGCGGUUCAUACGGCCCCUCUGCAAGCCUUUGGGCUGACCAUAACAGCAUGUAUCUCAUGGAGAAUCGCUCGCUGGCUCGCUGCGAACAAACCACUUGACAACUUGCCCGGGCCUCCUUCUCAGUCCUCCCUUUAUGGGAACGUAGGCCAGUAUUUCGAUCGUUGCAGGCUCGACUCCCACCUCAAAGUUGUUCAGAACUAUGGCCCAAUUGUCAGACUUCGCGAGUUCUUCGGUGUCCCUGUAUUGUACAUCUAUGAUCCUCUGGCCUUGCAGGCAAUGCUUGUGAAGAACCAAAACCAGUACGAGCAGUAUGAAGAAUUCACGAGACAGACGGGCUUCAUGUUCGGUCACCACCUCCUGGCUAUCCGAGGUGAGGAACAUCGCAGGCAGCGCAAGCUGAUGAACCCUGCGUUUUCCCCGAACAGACUUCGCACCAUGCUGCCGAUAUUCUACAGUGUCGCCCGUAAGGUUCGUGUCGCGCUCGCGACACGCGUUGAUGAUGCCUCCAAAGAGAUCGACAUUCUGCAUUGGCUCGGUCGUGCUUCUCUUGAGAUAAUUGGACAGGGCAGUAUGGGAUGGUCACUUGACUCUCUUGUAAGUGAAGGGAAUAACCAGUAUGCAGAAGAUGUGAAGGUCGUCCUGUCAGUCUGUAAUUUCAUGGAAGAUCUUACAGUCAGCUCAUGCUCUCGAAGCGCAGAGCGCUGGCGCCGGGUGGUGGAUGUGCUACCAUACGAGCCCCUGCGGAAUGUCACAAAUAUCUUCGACAGAUUGUAUGAUAAGAAGAGGCAGGUCUACGCGGCAAAAGUCAAGAAUACGCACGAAGGCGAUGGACUUGUAGCAGUGUGGGAGGACCCCGACGACGAUAAUAUUAUCAUCAGCGUUCUUGUGAAGGCCCAUGUCAGGGCCCCAGAUGACGAGAAGAUACCGAUUGAGGAGGUCUUCGCACAGAUCAGCACUUUCAUCUUUGCUGCAAUCGAUACUGCUUCCAACACCAUCGCCCGAGCCCUCGAGCGCCUUGCUCACCACCAAGAUGUCCAGGAGAGGCUUCACAAGGAAAUUCUGGAUGCCAGCGACGGCAAAGAUCUGCCUUUUGAAAGGUUGAUGCAGCUUCCAUACGUGGAUGCCGUCUGCCGUGAAAGCCUUCGGCUGCGAGUUGGCUGUGCACUUGCAUUAGUGGACAAUGUGGUUCCUCUAUCUCAGCCGAUUUGUGGGACGGACGGGCACUCAUUCAUGGGCUGA